UGACCUCACCACUGCACAGCAGUAGUCCAGCAUUCUUCUCUUCUGCCUUGCCUCUACCCAGUAGCCGUACCUGUGUUGUGGCGCACCAGACAUUGAUCUCUGAAGUGUGUCACCACUGGUGACGCUCCUUACAUCACUCUUCCCAGAAUACCCUCUCGUGAAGUCACAGCAGUGCACUGCUGUCGGGCACUCGCCAAGUCACAUCGAUCUUGAGUCUAGACCUUUUCUACCGGCUGAGAGCGGAGGGCGUCUCGGAAGACCAACACGAACAUCCACAAUCAAGCCGACGAGUACACACCACACGAAAGAGUCGUAUCCGACAUCAUCUAGGUCGCACCGCACGUGAGGUCGAGUGGACGAGGACCAUGUCGGUCGCUCCAGCCGUGCCUUUCGGAAUAAUUGUGCCUGGCCGCCCAGUGAUCCCAGAGUUCAGGGCGAUAGAUUCAUCCAAGUGCGUGGCUGAAAUAGUCAACCCCCGAGAGGUAGACGAGUUGGUGUUCUUCCUGCUGCCAACCUCUCCCGUCCCGCCGGGGCAAACCGCCGUGCUCUACUUCAGCGUGCCUAGCGCUACCACUGGAGCCUUCGAGCAUUGGGAGGUGCUGGGAGCGCUAGCGGCGAGCAAGCCGUCGGGCGUGUUUCGAACCGGGUGGCCUACCAACGAGCAGAUGCAGUCGUGUGCCGUAGUCCAGCUGGGUGUUUCCAUCGAGUCGGAGGACACCGCCACCAACUUGGGGCUAUCUGCUGGAGGCGUACAGGACCGAAAGAAUUUCGCGCUCAAGAUAGCCAAAGACCUGUUCCAAUUCAUGUCAUCGUUCAGCCAGAGCACCCAGGCCGGUCCAGAGCUGAUGGUGGUCCCUACCAAUGUCUUGGAUAGGUGGAUACUACGUUUCGAGAGCAAGUACAACCGAGACCCGAACUUCAUGUUGAAAGACCAAUAGCUAAUCAAUAUAGUUAGUGCCCACCUUGAGACCUGCUAGUUUGGUCGAGGGUGGGGUUAUCAGUUUGAGGGUUAUGCUUCGCAGCCUGCUAUAAUAAUACAAGUAGGUUUUAGUAUGGUAGGGGUUCUUACCCGCCUCACAAAUUUAAAUCGUGCUCGUGUUCCGUUGUCUUUUGAUGUUAGUCGAGCAUGAAGGGCCAAUACUCAAGUGCGGGCGCUAGCUGUAGAUGGAGUAGGGAGGCGGAGGUGGUGUCUGAAAAGGUCCGAACGCCGUUGAGCUUUGCCUUGUCCAUGUGGUGCGUUGUACCAUGCAUGGUAUUCUUUUUGGCGCUUCUAAGCGCUGUGCGAUGUUCGCGUCAGCCCUGCCGCGUACCCGGAGUAUAUAUUUGGACUAUAUUAUAGCCGCAGGCCGUGGCGCGUUGCGGGUAUGUUGGUAGCAGUAGUCGUGGGGCUAGGGGGUUGUGUUGAUGCGCAAGCAAGGGUGGAACUUGGAUGUGUUUCAUGACCUAGACUAGUAGUCUAUGUAUAGAGGUUGUGGGGAUUCAGGGCGUUUGCCGCUUGCGUCGGUCGUGCAUAAUUUGGAGAAUUUCGUGGGUGCGCGCUUGUUUUUUUUCUGUUUCUGGUCAACAAGGAAAGAUCGAGUGAGAAAAAUCGUGUUUUUGAAUGUCCAGGUGUGUUACUUUGGCUAUGAUGGUGCAUAUUUUUCAUGCCGAGCGGUGCAUCGUGUUUCGGCUGCGUCAGAUAUGUUUGUGUGUUUUGGGGCACCAUGUGGGAAGGAAACUUGAUGUGAAUGCGCUCGGUGGUCGUCGAUAUGCACAUAGUUUAUAUCACCGUAAUUGUUUUUUUGCCCCAUCAAGCCAGAUUACGGC